GUGUUGUUCACCCGCCGCCCAGGCACAGGUUCUCGCGUGAAGGGAGCGACCAUGGCGGCGGACAAGGCGGGCGAAAUAACUGGUUUUGUUGGAGAUGGACUCUGUUAACUCUCGAAGUAUGAAGGUUUUGGAGAGUUGGGUUCCAUUGGCUUUAGAGGAUGAGCCACAGCUGCUGGACUAUGUCAACAGAGUGGUCCAAGUUUGGGACAAGAGAUCUACUAUUUCUGUGGGCAAUGGGGACUUCUUUUGGCAGAGCAAAGAAGAGAUGUGGCAGUGGAUGCAAACUCAUUCUGAUCAGGGAACUGAGAAACCUGAAGGAGCAGUUACUUCCUCUGGGAUUACUGAUCAGGAAAAGGAGCUGUCAAGUAGUGCAUUACAAGCUUUUAAUGCUGAGAAUUAUGAUGCUUGUCUGCAACAUCUCAGCUGCUUGCAAGAAAUAAACAAAGAUGACUACAAAAUAACUUUGAAUACAGCUGUUGCAGAGUUCUGUAAAAGUAACCAGACUACAACCGACAACUUGAAACAAACUCUUAAUCAACUAAAGAAUCAGGUUCAUUCAGCUGUUGAAGAAAUGGAUGGCUUAGAUGAUGUCGAAAACAGCAUGCUUUACUACAAUCAAGCGGUUAUUCUGUAUCAUCUGCGUCAGUACACUGAAGCAAUAUCAGUUGGAGAGAAGCUUUACCAGUUUAUAGAACCUUUUGAAGAGAAGUUUGCCCAGGCUGUGUGCUUCCUGCUUGUAGACUUGUAUCUGCUAACUUACCAGGCUGAGAAAGCCUUGCAUCUGCUUUCUGUUUUGGAAAAAAUGAUUUUUCAGGGAAACAAUAACAAAAAUGGAAAAAAUAACGAGAUAGGUAAUAACACAAAUAAGGAGUCAUCUAAUCAUAGAGCUGAAAGUGGAGCUUUAAUAGAAGCUGCAAAAUCUAAGAUACAUCAGUAUAAGGUGAGAGCCUAUAUCCAGAUGAAGUCUCUAAAAGCAUGCAAAAGGGAGAUUAAGUCUGUUAUGAAUACAGCUGGAAAUUCUGCUCCUUCUCUCUUUCUUAAGAGCAAUUUUGAAUAUUUGAGGGGCAAUUAUCGGAAAGCAGUAAAACUGUUGAACAGCUCAAACAUUGCUGAACAUCCCGGAUUCAUGAAAACAGGUGAAUGCUUAAGGUGCAUGUUUUGGAACAAUCUCGGCUGCAUUCAUUUUGCUAUGGGAAAGCACAAUUUAGGAAUUUUCUACUUUAAAAAGGCCCUGCAGGAAAAUGAUAAUGCAUGUGCCCAAUUAGGAGCGGGUAGCACAGACCCAGGCAAGAAAUUUUCAGGGAGACCUAUGUGUACAUUGUUGACUAAUAAACGGUAUGAGUUGCUAUACAACUGUGGAAUUCAGCUUUUACAUAUUGGGAGGCCCCUGGCUGCUUUUGAAUGCUUGAUAGAAGCUGUCCAAGUGUACCACUCAAAUCCACGCCUCUGGUUAAGACUAGCAGAAUGCUGCAUUGCUGCCAACAAAGGGACAUCAGAACAAGAAACUAAAGGUCUUCCAAGCAAAAAAGGAAUUGUACAAUCUAUAGUAGGUCAAGGCUAUCACCGUAAAAUAGUCCUUGCAUCACAAUCAAUACAGAAUGUUGUUUAUAAUGAUGGGCAGUCCUCAGCUAUCCCCGUAGCCAGUAUGGAGUUUGCAGCAAUUUGUCUAAGAAAUGCCUUGCUGUUGCUGCCGGAAGAUCAGCAGGAGCCAAAGCAGGAAAAUGGAUCUAAAACUAACAACCAGUUGGGGGGAAAUGCAGAGAACAAUGAAAGCAGUGAAGCAUGCAGGCUCGAAGGUCACUGCUCGCAAUUAACAGGCUGUCUUCAUUUCAGCAGUAAAAGUCAUGAAGGAGAUAAAUUCAUUCCAGCUCCACCUUCUUCACCUCUGAGAAAACAGGAAUUAGAAAAUUUAAGGUGUUCAAUACUUGCCUGCAGUGCUUAUGUUGCUCUGGCUUUGGGUGAUAACCUUAUGGCUUUGAAUCAUGCAGAUAAACUUCUUCAGCAGCCAAAGCUGUCAGGAUCUCUUAAGUUUCUUGGCCAUUUGUAUGCAGCAGAGGCCCUCAUCUCUCUAGACAGAAUCUCUGAUGCCAUUACUCACUUGAACCCUGAGAACAUCACUGAUGUUUACCUGGGGAUCUCUUCAAACGAGCAGGAUCAAGGGUCAGACAAAGGAGAAAAUGAGGUGAUGGAAUCUUCUGGCAAGCAGACACCCCAGUGUUAUCCCAGUUCAGUCACUUCUGCACGAACAAUGAUGUUGUUUAACCUUGGCAGUGCUUACUGCUUGCGAAGUGAAUAUGAUAAAGCUCGCAAGUGUCUCCACCAGGCUGCUUCACUGAUCCAUCCCAAAGAAAUCCCCCCCGAGGCGAUUCUACUGGCUGUGUAUCUUGAACUACAGAAUGCAAAGAUGGCCAUCACAUCAGCAAGAUGAGUAAGUGAGAUCCAAGUACUGAUGGCUGACCCUCCCUUCGCAAUCUUCUAUUCCAAUAAGAUAUCUCAAGGACACAUUCCAAGUUCCUGCCAAAAGUGGUUACUGAGUUCCACUUGCCAGUAUUCUUUUCCAAGCCUCUUGCCUCAAGAGCAGAAGUAACGCUACAUUCCUUAAAUGGCAGGAGGGUAUUAGCCUUCUAUCUGCAUAGGACACAACCAUUCUCAUAUUCUCCAAGGCUAUUUGUCUGUUUUGCAAAAAGAAUAAAGGGAUCAGCCAUAUCAAUACAGAGACCAUCAAACUGAAUCUCCAACUACAUCAAGACCUGCUAUGAAGUAGCCAUGAUAGAGCCACUUGGUUCCUUGGGCUCAUUCAACUAGAGCUUAAGCAUCAUCAUCAGCUUCACUGGAGAGAUGUUACUCACAUGCACAUUCUGCACACCCUCCAUCUGCUCAGCUUUGGCGUCCUUACCCUUCAGAUUCUGCAGCUCAGAAGAAACAGAGGAGCACUGGUGCAUGCUGCCCUUAUAUGCCCUUUAUGUGGAGCACAGAGACUCUAAGGGUACUGCUCAUGUCCACCAAUAGUGCAAUGUGUGUAUGGACAGCACAAAGGACUCCAGUUAUUGUAAGAUGAGUCACUUUUUCCCAUUCCUGCAAAUGUUAUUUCCCCUGUUUGUGUGUGAAGGACCCACAUGGAACAAGAAUGAAGGCCCUCAUUCUGAGCUGCUCUGCAUGGACACAACCAAGCACCCACUUGAAGCCCUGCUGAAGCCAUCAGGACCCCCAGAGCAGAACCACCUGCAGGACUGGGGCAUUAGUAACUGAACAGAAAGUGCUAUUGGUGCUCAAUUUGUCACCACUCUAAUCUGUUACAAUCGUGUUACAAGUAAAAAUAGUACAUAAGUCACACUCCUCUCUGAAUAUGUUUUAAGCUGAUAUUUUGAAAAUAUAAAUUGAAAAAUCUUAAAGGAAAAACUAA